CGUGACGUUAACCGGUGAAAGUUGAAACAAGGAAGAAGGGUGUAUGUAGCCUUCUGUAUGUAACUGAAUGUCAGACGAAUAAAAAAAUAGGGUGCUGCAAAUUAUUCAGAAACGUACUCUAUAACGUUACAAUUCUUGAAUUGUCAUCGAAAUAUUUUAAGAAUGGAUUUAAACAGUAUCCUGUCAAAGCUCGAGACUAACAAUGAAGAGGAAAUUAAAAGGCUUUUGCACCAGUACAACGUAGAGAAUAGUCGCACAUUCACCUUUGACCCAAAAGAGGAGGACCUACGAAGUAGGCUGUGUCAGGGUCUGCUGACUGUGCUGGGGAGGCAGGUUGGGUCCUGCUGCCAGAGCACCUGCCUGGAGACCCUUCGCAUCCUGUCCCGGGACAAGCGGGUCCUGGGCCCUGUGGGCACCCGGGAGGGCAUGCUGGUCCUGGCCGGGCUGGCUCGGCUGCAGGCGGGAGAGGAGGGAGGUGACAGUCUGCAAGAGGAUGCCCAGACAGAGGAGGAAGAGAGGGUGGUGGUGGAGGCCCUUAAGUGCCUGUGUAACGUGGUGUUUAACAGCGUGGCGGCACAGCAGGUGGGUGCCGACGUGCAGCUGGCACGUGGUCUGUGUGCCCGCCUGCACGCCGCCCGUGCCGGAUGUCACGAGGUGGGCCUGUUCUCCCUGCGCCUGCUCUUCCUGCUCUCGGCUCUGCGGCCAGACGUCCGGGGGGGGCUCCAGAGGGAGCUGCAUGCCGUGGGGCUCCUCACAGAGGUGCUGGAGCGUACCCUGGACCUACGCUGGGUGGGCCCCUACGAGGUGGCCCAUCCAGGCCUCCAGGCCUUGCCUAUCCCUGCUGAAGACAACGAGAGGGCCAUGGAGGCCCUGAAAGCCUUGUUCAACCUUACGCUGUCUGACACUAGCGAUGAGGGUGGUGACCACCAACUCCGCCUUGUCACCGCCAUCAUGCGCCAUCUAUUGAUGCUUAAGACUCAGACAGAGGACAAAACAGAGGAAGCACACAGCCAUGCCAUCAACCUGCUGAGUAACCUGCCAGUGUCAUGUCUGGAUGUGCUGAUUGACUUGCCGGUCCAGGGGGGCCAGGAGGAGUACAGCGGGAAGAACAUGGACGCUGUGCAGGUGCUACUGGACUUUAUGGAGAAGAGGAUAGACAAGCAGGGUGCCAACUACAAAGAGGGGCUGACCCCAGUGCUCAGCCUGCUGACCGAGGGUUCCAGGUACCACCGGGAGAUCCGCAGAUACAUCAAGACACAGGUGCUGCCCCCGCUGAAGGAGGUCAAGGUCAGGCCGGAGAUAGGGUCCACCGUUAGGAACAAGCUGGUGCGCCUCAUGACCCACGUGGACAUGGGCGUGAAGCAGAGCGCUGCAGAGUUCCUCUUCGUCCUCUGCAAAGAGAGUGUGGACCACCUGUUGAAGUACACUGGGUAUGGUAAUGCAGCAGGACUCCUGGUGGCUCGAGGCCUGCUGGCAGGGGGGCGAGGAGAGACUCUGUACUCAGACGACGAAGACUCUGACACCGAAGAGUACAAAUCGGCUAAACCUUUCAUCAACCCCAUCACGGGUCACGUGGAGGAGCCCAUGCCUAACCCCAUCGAAGACAUGACUGAGGAGCAGAAAGAGUACGAGGCCCAGAAAUUGGUCAACAUGUUUGACAAGUUGUCAAGGCAGCAGCUGAUCAGACCAAUGGGGGUGAGGAGGGACGGAACACUGGCACCCCUAGAGGAGGCUCUUAGACAGCCCACGGCUGACAGCUCAGACUCCGACUAGAGCCACUACGACACAGAUCAGACCACCCUACACAGUGCCCUCAGAAAGUAUUCAUACCUUUUUACUUAUUCAACAUUUAGUUGUUACAGCCUGAAUUCAAAAUGGAUUGAAUAUCAUUUAUUUUUCAACAAGCUACACACAAAACCUCAUAAUGACAAAGUGAA